AUGCGCCUGUCGAUGGCGGAAGCGAGGGGGAGUCGGACGCGCCAGCUGCGCCGAGCGAUUGCUGAUGUCAUCCUCCGCGGAAGCGGGGCCGGCGGACUGUGCCCCGCACCCGGCGCUGCUUCUCCCGACGCUCCCGCAUCUCCCAGCGAGGCUGCGCCGCUGCCAGUAGUUACCACUCAAGCCUCCAAUCCCGUCGGCAGGACGCUCGCCCGUGGCCCGCUGCCAAUGCCCUUUCGCCUGCUCAUCGCCAAAGUUGCUGCUCCCGCUGCGCCUGCUUCACUAGCCACCGUGCCAGAAGCAGCAGCUUGCAUGAACUACUUUGACAACUCAGGUGAUGACAUGGCGGGUUUUCGCGAAAUCCCCGCUUGCGGAGGCGCGAAUGGGGAGGCAGAUCAUGACGCGGACGACUGGAUGCCGCGCAAUCGCGGGCGCAAGGACCGGCAUGCGGCGGGCGAGCGCAUCAAGGCGCGGAGCAUGGCGGGGAGGCAGAGGCGGGAGAGGAUCAGUGAGGGGCUGCAGAAGCUGCGGUUGGUGGUGCGCGGCCAUGGGGACACUGCUACCAUGCUCGAUAAAGCUGUUGCAUGUGUCGACGCGUUGCAGCGCAGAGUGACCGCACUGGAAACCGCCCUGCUGCUGCACCAGGCGUGUGCCUCUCUCUCUCCCGUUCUUUCACGGUUGGAGGAGCGCAAGGAGAAUGUGGGGAAGCUGAGGAAGCUGCGGUUUGAGGCGGAGAACAAGUAUGACGCGACGCAUGCGAUGGGGGAGAAGAUGAAGGAGAAGAUGGCGGAGUGUGAGGAGACCACCGCCAAGAACGCUGCUGAGCGGGAGAAGGAGAAGAGCCAACUCAUGGCACAGGUGCAUGAACUGGAGAACAAGGUACAUGAGCUGGAGAACAAGGUGAAGGAGCUGCAAGCGAAGCUGGGCAUCAGUGAGGAGAGCAUCACUCGUGAUGACACCAGCAGUGACGGCAACACCAGUGACAACUAA